GUCAUGGAGUUGAUUGCAACUGUUCACAGGAUUGUGCUCUUGAUGCAGCUGGCCAUGUUUGCAACUGUUUCAGGUGGUGAAGGUGAAGGACGAGCCACCAAUUGCGACUUGUUGAGUUCUCCAGAGUUUGGUAAUGUGGAUUAUUACGUGGAUGAAGGAGGAGAGCAGAAGGCCACGUUCACUUGCACGGAUGGCUACACGAUUAUUGGUGCGUCACACCUCGUCUGUUUGGGUGACCGGUGGAGCAGCAAUGCACCCAUAUGCUACUUGGGUGUCUUCGAUGAUUCGAAGGAUGCUUCUUUGUGUCAUUUGGACUCAUCGGUUGGUUGUAAGUAUGUCAACGAUGCUAGAAAUCCUGUCAUGUGGACGGCCAAGAAGGAUGUCGAGGAAGAUGGCUCGAUAAGGUCGGCUGCUGAGAGACUGCCAGUUGCUCUCCUACGAUGCGAACCACAAUUUUGUCCAAAAGAAACAUCCACAAGGAGACGUCGAAGAGCUCCACAAGACAAAACUGUGCCGGAUCAUCAAAAGCACAGAAUACAGAGACAUGAAAUUACCCAUGUUGACAGGGUCAAAUCAACUCACUUAGUACUCAACAUACCAAGACUCACUCGACGAUCUGCCCCAGUUUUUACUGCCCUGAGAAGUUUUGUUGAACUGGGAAAGUUUAUCAAGACAACAAUGAAUAACUUUUUGAAGUUCUCCGUGACCGGUGCUCAAGGUGCACUCUAUCAGGAAUUGUACAUAGUAGCUCACUGUCUUCCAGACCCUCCUGGGCACCUAGACCACUUCAGCUCCAAUGGAUAUGACACAAUCAAAAUGGUAUUAUCUGGAGCCAGUCAGACGAAAUGUCUGCAGCUGAAAGACAGAGUUAGACGUUGCAAUGAGUUCUCGAUUCGGUUUUCUGUCUACAUCCAGCACCAUAUCUCGCAGAAAAUUCAGGUCACCCUUACACCCCACAGCACCUACCCUUCACUGACGACAGCAUUGUGUACAGGUAGAGAUCUUAUCAAUCCCUGAUUGUCUGCACAGUCUGUGUAGAAUGUGGUGAAACUUCUUACACAAAUAGCACAACAAAUUGAUGUUAGUUGGC